UUAAAUAAUAAUACCUUCCCUUAUAUUUGUAGAGAAGUGAGAAAACUUGUUUAUUUACACAUACACAUUCAAUUUGUUGAGAUAAUGGAUGACCUUCUUUCUUUCCUUGUGUUUCCCAAACACCUCCAAUUUCAGGAGUGCCAUUGUUUGGUACUUUUAUUUCUAAAGAACCGGAAAACUUUGGGUGUUGUGCAAACAAAAAAUUUAGAAGAAAGGAAGGACUCUUAUGCUGAUUAAAAGUUUGGUGGUCAUUUUUGGGUGAAAGUAUUUUUGUUUUUAAUUUAAAAAAUAUUGAAUUAAACAAAAAUGACAAAGUAUUUUAAAAUAAUUGGGUGCCCAAAUUUUGGGUUAAAUUUAUUUUAAAAUUAUAUUUUAACCAAAAUAAACUUUCUAAAUUUAUUUUUUAAAGUUUCUAUCAUUUUUUAAAAAUAAUUUCAAAACUUUGCCGACAAAAAAUUUUUUUUCAUUUUUAUACAAAGACACCUAACUUAAAAAUCAUUCAUAAAUAUAAAGUACUUUUCUGCCAAGUAAAGACAAAGACUUAUUACAAAAAACAUACUUUUCAUGAUUUUCUUU